AUGCUCGUCUCCAUCGCCUUGUUCGCCCUCGGGUCAGGCAUCGCCGGUGGAGCGAGCAGCGUUGCCAUGCUCAUCGCGGGAAGAACAGUCCAAGGGCUCGGAACGGGGGGGUUAUACGUCCUGAGCGAUAUCAUCAUCUGUGACAUGAUCCCCCCCCGGCAUCGAGGGCCGUAUCUAAGUGCUGUCUUGAGCACCGCUGCUAUUGGGACCACCAUCGGCCCCAUCAUAGGAGGUGCGUUGGCGAGGGCGGAUUGGAGGUGGAUCUUCUGGCUCAACCUGCCUGUUUCUGCUGUUGGGUUCGUUGUUGUUUUGUUACUUCUCCGGGUGAGGUAUCAGAGUUUGGGGUGGGGGGAGGUGGUGAGACGGGUUGAUUGGGUGGGCAACGGGCUGUUUAUCCCCAGUAUGGUCAGCCUGUUCUUUGGACUUAUCAUGGGGGGCACGAGGGUUUACCCUUGGAAGAGCGAAAAGGUUGUUGUUCCGAUAGUGGUGGGUGUGGCUGGGUGGGUGGUGUUUCAUGUUCAUCAGUCCGCUGAGGGGAAGAGGUGGGGUCCUGUUGAGCCGAGCAUGCCGAUGAGGUUGUUUAAACAUAGGACAUCGGCGGCCGGGUUUGUGAUUAUCUUUUUCGGGGGUGUGGUGCUGCAGGCGAUUAGCUAUUUUCUGCCCGUGUACUUCCAGGGUGUGCUCGGGGUGAGCCCGUUGACGGCGGGGACGGGGUUGUAUAUCCCUCUGCAUUUUGUCGGGUUUGCCUUCAGCGCGAUCGGGGUUGGGUUGUUCUCGUUGCUCAGCGAGAACUCGAGCACGGGGACGUGGGUUGGGUUUCAGAUUUUGGCUUCGGCGGGAACGGCUGUCAUCUUUACCGCCACGCUUCCAUCGACGCUGGCACCGCUGCAGGAGAAGGAUGUCGGCGUCGCUACGGGGACGUACAGCUUUGUGAGGUCGUUCGGCCUGGUGUGGGGCGUCACGAUGGCGAGUAUCGUCUUCAACGGGCAGUUCAACACACGGCUGGAGAGCAACUCAAUGUUGAGCCGGGAGCUCAAGUCUUUCCUGGCGGAUGGAGCCGCGUACGCUUUCGUGUCUGCCUCGGAGGCGGAGGGCGGGAUCCGGUCGUUACCAGCUGACAUCCGGAUCGCGCUGAUCGGGAUUUACGUCCACGCUCUCAAUGCGGUCUGGUAUGUUAUUGUUGACAUGGCCGGUCUAGGCUUCCUUGCCACGUUUGUUGAGAAGCAUGUGCCACUUCGAAAGGAACACGAAACGGAGUUUGGGCUGGUGAGCAAGGGUGAAAGCUCUUCUGACGAUGCAGCUGAAAAGGGUCAGACACCACGGCCUGCCAGCGAUGGGGAGGCGAGGACCAAGCAGUAG